UCUUCCGUGUUUGAUGCGCUACUGUAAGCAACCGACCAAAUGAAGUGUUUGAUUAUGGCACCUUAGCGAUUUAUUUGCUUUAAAAUGUGAUGCGGUCACUGCGGUGAGAACGUUUCAUGGCUGGCUGCCCUGAGUGUGGUGUUGGAUGAGACAGUUCAGUUGAACUGCUCGAAUGCGGGGUCGCGUUUUAUUAUUUCCCAAAACGUGGCAAGCGGGAGGGAGCUGGGGCUUUAGAGACGAAAGGGGAGGAAUGUGAGAUUUUGAGAUGAAGGCUGUGUCUUCACAUAGCUCUGCACGAAAGGCUCAGAGUGAGCGCGAUCGUUAUCUACAGCAGGCUGCAGAGUGAACGGAUCAAAGUGCAUUGAGACACGAGCUCGAUCCCGGGGAGCUCGGACGCGCAGGGGAAGAAAGUGAUUGUGAAACACUGAAGUUGACACACAAAAAGCGCACUGACGAGUUUCAGGGCAUUGCGAAUGCCUCAGUCUGGUUAAGCCUGGUCAUUUGAGAUCACUCAGGUGCCAAAAAUGGAGGAGAAAAAGCCAUCCUCAUCUAAAGAGUUUAUCGAGUGCAUCAGUGUCCUCCAGUUCAUAGCUACAUUCCUCUUUUUGGGACCGAUAUGUGUUGCCUUGAUGGUAUACCUCAUGUUUACGUCACUGUGGAUUCUCCCCGUCCUCUACCUCUCCUGGCAAGUCUUGGAUUGGAACACGCCAGAAAGAGGGGGCAGAAGAACAUUCUUUGUGCGAAACUGGCAAGUGUGGAAACACAUGGCAGACUAUUUCCCUUUCAAGCUGGUGAAGACAGCUGAGCUGAGUCCGAGUAAGAAUUACAUCGUGGGAUGUCACCCUCACGGCAUCAUGAGCCUGGGGGCGUUCGCCUGCUUUGGCACGGACAGGUGCGGCUUUCCAGAGGCCUUCCCCGGAGUGCGCUCCUGUCUGGCCGUGCUCGGUGGCCUCUUCAAGGUCCCGCUCUACAGGGAAUACGUCAUGAGCGCAGGUCUUUACCCAGUCAGCAAGGCCAGCAUUGAGCACCUGCUGACGAAGAGCGGACAGGGCAACGCCGUGGUUAUCAUCAUCGGUGGGGCGGAGGAGUCCCUGUUCUCCUCGCCGGGUGUCAACACCGUGGUCAUGAAGAACCGCAAGGGCUUUGUCAAGCUGGCCCUGGAGUACGGGGCGGACCUGGUGCCGGUGUACUCUUUCGGGGAGAACGACCUGUUCCGCCAGGUGGUGCUGCCGGACGGGACGGUGGGCCGCAGGCUGCAGGCCCUCUUCAAGAAGGUGGUGGGCUUCGCACCCUGCCUCUUCAAGGGGGAGCGAUUCCUCUUCAUGCCUUACCGAACCCCCGUCACCGCCGUCGUGGGGAGCCCCAUCUCGGUUCCCAAGGUGCCGUCUCCAUCCCAGGAGCAGGUGGACCACUACCACCAGCAGUACAUGGAGGCCCUCACCAAGCUCUUCCACCAGCACAAGAAGAGCUGCGGCCUGGCAGAGUCCCACCAGAUCUGCAUCACCUAGACACCACCACCACCACCACAGCUACUGUAGCUACUAACUGCUCCGGCUCUUUCUGUUCGGUAGUGUGUUUGUCCAAUACCAUACUUGCUAACUACUGUAUGUUGGUUGUUACUUUGUUGGUUGCAAAGCAGUGGAGUUUGUCUUUUUCCAACCAAAUACGGUGCUAAUCGACUAGCAAAUGUGGUGUUGGGGGAAUUGCACUACAUAUCAUUCCAGACUGAGCGACUGCGACCAGGCCAAAGACAUUCCCCUCCAAAAAAGUGAAGUGCCUGUCUUACAAGCCUCAAAUGAGGAUAUGUGAUUAUUUAUUUCAUUUGUUUUGAAAUUGUAUUUAAUAAUGAUGAUGUGUGAUGCAUACCAUUGAAUUGUAUAAAAUGUUGAAAGAGGACUAAUAUAUGCUUUCCAACUACAGUAUAGUCUGUAGAGAUUUUGAAGGACUUGGAAGUUGGUGUUUGUACGUAUUUAUUGCUAUGGCACUGCUACUGUUAUUAUUUUCUCAAUAGGCUGCAUGGUUCAAUUCUGACCAGAUGAUAGGGGAAGUCUGGUAACACCCUAUUCAGAGAGAGAAACUAUUAUGUGAUGUGAUGAAAACAUAUUGGAUAUCAGUGGUUGUUCUAGCUUAACAAUUCCCUUACUGCUGAGUUUGAAAUUGAACCCACUUUCCAUUUGUUGUGUUAGCUUUUAAUUCUACUCAAAUCAAGCCUUAUUUAUUCCCUUGCAUGAUUUUGUUUACCUAUUGACAUUUCUGUUCACCUGUCUGCCGUUCUUGCCUUGGGUUUCAUAAUCCGCAUGGUGCUUACCAUUACUUACAGAUUACAUGUUGCCUAAAGUCUAUCUGUGUGUAAAAAGAAGUUGCCACAAGAUAAUGACCUACCCCUCACAGCAAGAGACAUAACUUUAAGUAAGAUGAGGACAAUUUAAUAGACAAGAAUCAGACUCAGUGGUCCAUGGCACAUAAAGUAAUGAUGUGAGGUGAAACUGGUGCGAGUGUGGGGACGGAUGGGAGGAUUGAUGCUUAGGGCCUGGAGGGAGUUCCCUUCACGCCGCUAGAAGGGUCUUGUGACAGCACGAGUCCUUAAUUAACCUGUUUCAAGGCCACUUCACACUGAGGUCCGCUAUUGAAGUCAUAUGGGGUGUGCUUCCUGAUUUUCUGUGUCCUCAGACAAAGCGUUCUAUUCAAACGGGAGCUGUCCACUCUUGAGAUGUUGGGUCUGGGACCCACAUCAAAUUACAAUGAUUUUCUCUGCGUGGUGGGGGGAAUGGAGUCGAAUAUUUUAUGGAAUUAUUCUCAAUCUAAGAAUUUCAGUGUGCGAACCUUCACAACCUCUGUAAAAAAUAUAUCCCCAUGAAUGAAGCCUAUCCAAUAUAGCCUGAACACGAAUUUGAUACGUUGGUAAACAUCCAAUAGAACACCCCUCCAGUGCUCUUGUGCUUCUACCUUGACAGCCAAUUUCUUUGUGCAGGCGUCGUAAAAUGCAAAGAUUGCAGAGACGUUUAUUUUUAAAAAGCCUAUUGAGAGACUUUGUAAUGAAAGGCAAUACCAUGGCUAUAAAAACAAUUCGUAAAUGAUGCUUACUUUGUAACAUCCUGUGCACUGCUAAGAAUGAAUGUAAAACAAUGAAUAGAAUGCUCUGAGAAAAUCUGUAUGUACGCCUGCAAAAUGAGUUCUGAGGAAGGAACUGUUUAUGCCUGCUCCGUAACUAUUGUAUUAUGUAAACUAAGUCCUUUGCCUGCAAACCUACUUGAAAAGAGCACUUACUAACAUGGCAUGGCUGUUUGAUGGUAUGAAUGAUUGUUCAAUGCAAUGUAAUAUAAUGUAAUGUAAUGUAAUUGUAUCAUUGUUAUGAAAGGUACAUGGAUGCUUAAUUUCAACCAAAUAGAACUC